AUGGCGGACGAUCCUAGCGAUCACGCCAACGACAACGAGGCAAAGGCGUUUUUGAGGCCCAGUGGCCUUCGGUUCGCAGUCGAUACUGAUAUGAAGCGUCGCGGAGAAGAUAACACGACCGAGAUCUUGCUGGCCGAGCGUGGACUUUCUCGCAGACUUCCAGACAGCAUUUUGCAAAACUUUCAUCCUAAUGACUUGGGUGCAAGUUACCAAGUUCAAAUCACUGUUGCAGUUGAUUAG